GGUUUGAACUGGCCAAUGGGCGAGCUGCCGACCGGGUGUCGGAAAAGGAGGCGGAAGCGGGGAGGAGCCGCCGCCGGAGCCGGACUGCAUCCGCCGCGGCGUCUCCAUGGCACGACCCUGGCCUCCGACUUCAACGACUUCAUAAGGAGACGGUUCUGGGCGCAGCCCUGUCGCUCUUGGUUUCCAUCGUGUGGGAAGAACGGAGUAACGAGUCUCACACAGAAAAAGGUCUUGCGAACACCUUGUGGCGCACCCAGUGUAACUGUGACGAAAUCUCAUAAGCGCGGAAUGAAAGGGGACACCGUGAAUGUGCGGCGGAGUGUCCGGGUGAAAACCAAGGUACCUUGGAUGCCCCCUGGAAAAUCAUCUGCCCGGCAUGUGGGAUGCAAGUGGGAGAAUCCACCUCACUGUCUGGAGAUCACACCACCAUCUUCAGAAAAGCUGGUCUCGGUGAUGCGUUUAAGUGACCUUUCUACAGAAGACGACGAUUCAGGUCACUGUAAAAUGAACCGUUACGAUAAGAAGAUUGACAGUCUAAUGAACGCGGUCGGUUGUCUCAAAUCUGAGGUCAAGAUGCAGAAAGGCGAACGUCAAAUGGCCAAAAGGUUCCUGGAGGAGCGGAAGGAGGAGCUGGAGGAGGUGGCUCACGAGCUGGCAGAGACAGAGCACGAGAACACGGUGCUCAGACACAACAUCGAACGCAUCAAGGAGGAGAAGGACUUCACUAUGCUUCAGAAGAAACACCUGCAGCAGGAGAAGGAAUGCCUCAUGUCCAAGCUGGUGGAGGCUGAAAUGGAUGGAGCAGCUGCUGCCAAGCAAGUCAUGGCCUUAAAGGAUACCAUCGGGAAGCUGAAAACCGAGAAACAGAUGACUUGCACCGACAUCAACACCUUAACGAGGCAGAAGGAACUUCUCCUGCAGAAGCUAAGCACAUUUGAGGAAACCAACCGCACCCUCCGAGACCUGUUGAGGGAACAGCACUGCAAAGAGGAUUCCGACAGACUAAUGGAGCAACAAGGUACAUUACUGAAACGGCUGGCGGAGGCGGACUCAGAGAAAGCGCGCCUGCUGUUACUGCUGCAAGACAAGGACAAGGAAGUGGAAGAGCUCCUCCAGGAGAUACAAUGCGAGAAGGCUCAAGCAAAGACAGCGUCUGAGCUUUCCAAGUCCAUGGAGUCCAUGCGUGGGCAUCUACAGGCACAGCUCCGGUGCAAAGAAGCUGAGAACAGUCGCCUGUGCAUGCAGAUCAAGAACUUGGAGCGCAGUGGGAACCAGCACAAGGCGGAAGUGGAGGCCAUCAUGGAGCAGCUGAAGGAACUGAAGCAGAAGGGAGACCGAGACAAAGAGACCUUAAAGAAGGCCAUCCGAGCCCAGAAGGAGCGCGCGGAGAAGAGUGAGGAGUACGCCGAGCAGCUGCACGUGCAGCUCGCUGACAAGGACCUUUAUGUCGCUGAAGCUUUAUCUACUCUGGAGUCAUGGAGGAGCCGCUACAACCAGGUUGUCAAAGACAAAGGCGACCUGGAGUUGGAAAUCAUCGUCCUGAAUGACCGGGUCACGGAUCUCGUAAACCAGCAACAAAGCUUGGAGGAGAAGAUGCGGGAAGACCGGGACAGCCUGGUGGAGAGACUGCACCGGCAGACUGCGGAGUACUCUGCCUUCAAGCUGGAGAACGAAAGGCUCAAGGCUAGCUUUGCCCCUAUGGAGGACAAGCUCAACCAGGCUCACCUGGAGGUCCAGCAGCUGAAGGCGUCGGUGAAGAACUACGAGGGGAUGAUCGACAACUAUAAGAGCCAGGUGAUGAAAACAAGAUUGGAGGCUGAUGAAGUGGCUGCCCAGCUAGAGCGCUGCGACAAGGAGAAUAAAAUCCUUAAAGAUGAGAUGAACAAAGAAAUUGAGGCGGCCCGCCGGCAGUUCCAGUCACAGCUGGCUGACCUACAACAGCUGCCUGACAUCCUCAAGAUCACGGAGGCCAAGCUGGCUGAGUGCCAAGACCAGCUGCAGGGCUACGAGAGGAAGAACAUCGACCUCACAGCCAUCAUUUCAGACCUGCGCAGCCGGAUCGAACAUCAGGGGGACAAGCUGGAGAUGGCGAGAGAGAGACACCAGGCUUCCCAGAAGGAAAAUAAACAGCUGAGUCUGAAGGUGGAUGAGCUGGAGAGGAAACUGGAGGCCACCAGCGCCCAGAAUGUCGAGUUUCUACAGGUGAUUGCCAAGAGGGAGGAGGCAAUCCACCAAGCUCAGCUGCGGCUGGAGGAGAAAACGCGGGAAUGCGGGGCCUUGGCGCGGCAGUUGGAGAGCGCCAUUGAUGAUGCCAGGCGGCAGGUGGAACAAACUAAGGAGCAGGCGCUCUCCAAGGAGCGAGCAGCUCAGAGCAAAAUCCUGGACCUUGAGACCCAGCUAAGCAGGACGAAGACAGAACUCGGCCAGCUGCGGCGGACCCGUGAUGACGCUGAUCGUAGAUACCAGAGCCGGCUGCAGGAUCUGAAAGACCGCCUGGAGCAGUCUGAGAGUACCAACCGCAGCAUGCAGAAUUAUGUCCAAUUCCUCAAAUCUUCCUAUGCCAACGUGUUUGGGGACGGCCCCUAUACAUCCUCCUACCUGACCAGCUCACCCAUCCGCUCCCGGUCUCCUCCUGCCUGAGGCCACCUGUCCAGGGUGUGAAGCACUUGCCUGACACCAGGGAACUGAGGAGUUGCCAACCCAUAGCUAGCAAGCCCUCUGGCUUUUUCUUCUAGUGAUGAAAUGUGCUCAGGGUCUGCUCCUCAGAUGCCAGGAGAGUCCCUAGAGCAGCCAGGGAUGAGGCAGGAAGACCCUAGUUGCUCGUUCCUCCACUUCAACCUGAUGGGAUUUUUAAAAUGACCAUCACAGCCUUAUAUUUGCUACAUUAGGUACCAGAUUUUAAAUUUUCUGUGACUUUGCAGAGUCUGCUUCCUUUCCUCAGGGAACGUUUGAACACGUCCCCUGCAGGCUCCUUCCAGCCCCCGUCUUUUGAGGUGUGUCUGCCUUGGGU